CACUGUGAUACAUACCAUACAUACUAACAUACAUACACUUAAUAUUAUUGUGAACAUAACACACAACAUAAACAUUGCGCAAACGUAAUAAAAACUGGCACAACUGGUUUCGAAUUUGUUACGAAAAGACGCAAAGUAAAACGCAAAAGUAUUUGAAAGAAAAACCAAAAGCUGUUCGUAGCAAUCAACCAGAAAGCAUUAGACCAAGAGCAGGUGAAGAUAAAUACUACAAAAAUUAAAUUAAAACAUAAAAACAAAGAUUAUUGCAGCUGCUCAAAAGCAACAACACUCACGCUGAACUAGUGGCAGGCUCCACUCGAGGGGACUGCGGUUCCCAUAUCGAAACAAUUGCUUUGCCACUCAAACAAGUGACCGGCCGCCAAUUGAAUGGGCGUUCGGUACAAUAGCAUUUGAGCGGCAAAUUUCAUUGAAAACAAACAUUGACUAACCAACUACUCAAAUGAAAAAAAAAUUAUUUUGGGAGAAAAGUUGUUUACCAUAAGUAAAUGGUGACACAUUCAGUCACUGUGGGUGGUGGGGGUCGUGAGUGAAAGUUCUUCUCUGCUUCACUCAAAACAAAUCUGUCGGGCGUUUACUCGAGCGUGUUGCUUUACUGUGAAUGACAAUAAUAUUAUUUACGCACACUGUUUUGCUCGUUCGUUUGUAGUUGUGUGCUUAGUAAUGCCACCAGCUAGUCAGUAAUCCAGUUCGAUGCUUGGGUACCCAUGCCGCCACAGUUGCGCCCGUGUCGUGCUACUUACAAGACGUUUUUAACGCAGCGUUCUCUCAGAUUUUUACACAAACAAAUCAAAACAAUUAACAAAACAAACAAAAUGGUAUCUGCUGUAAAAUCAUUGUUGGUUAUUGCCGUUAUCGCCAGUGUUGCCUGUUCAGCCUUUGCCGUGCAGUGCUAUAUUUGUGACUCGGUCACCAAUCCUAAGUGCGGUCAGAAAUUCGAGGCAAGCGAUGACAUGAAAUACGAUUGCGCACGCGUAUCGCCACCGCGCUUCCUGCAGAACUUCUUCAACGUGCACAAUGCCACCGGUUGCAUGAGGAAGGUACUCGAUGUUCCCGGACAUCCACAGGUCAUCCGUGGCUGCUUCUACGGUGAUAUUUCAAAUACGCAAUCCGGCUGCCAAGCCGAUCCCUCUUUGCCAUUCGUGAAGCAAUUGUCGUGCGAUGUCUGCAGUGGCAAUCUCUGUAAUGGCUCCAGCGCCACAGUCCCCAUAGCCGCCGCCGUUGUACUUUUCUUCGCAUUGGCACGCAUGCUGUCCUAAGUUGAUGGGCCGCCACUGUAAUCGUCGCUGUUUGACAAAAUACCAUACAAAAUUUAGUAUAGGACCUCAACUUUUCUAACAAACAGCGUUCUAAAUCUCAAUAAUCUGUAUUCUUAGUGUAGUGUAGUUUUGUGCAUUUUAUUUGAUCUUUUUACAAUCAUAUGGCGAUGGAUUGCGCCCGAAAUUAUGCGACUAUAUGAAAGUACGCUAAACAAGCAUGUAUUUAUAUUUAAGUGCUCUUGAAUGUUUUUAAUUUUAUUAAAUAAAAUGUGUGUAAAUUGUAA